AUGGCUCACCUCUUCACCGCACCCGUCGUAGAUGCUACACCAGACAACGGCUUCGCAGAUAGCGACCGUGUAUCCUCGGCAUACUUGCACCACCAAGAGAGUUCGUACACGGAUCUAUGGACCGACGUUGACGAAUCCUCACCCCAGUAUCAAGAUGGUCUCAAGCUAUUUCUCGAGUGUCUGGUUGAGCUAGAUCAGCUAGACGCAAGUUCUCCACUUAGAUUGACAAUGGAGGGCGGUGGUCCCCUUUUUAUGUCCCAACAUCACCUGGAAGACCCCCAAGUUACCUUACCUUCUGCACGAAGGCAGCUCAAUGCACUCACAUCAUCAAGAUUCCAAUACCACGAACCAGGCUCGACGUCACCCGAAGGGGACAAUUAUAAUGAACACCUGUCGGCUCCAUUACCGAUCGCACCAGUAUCAAAGUCUACGCCAUUGUGGUCGAUGUCGGGGGAAUCUUCGUACCCAAGACCACCCUCCUUUCCCAUCGAAGACAAUCUGAGUAAGAGCAACCAACCCGACUAUUGGAAUAAGACUGCCGUCAAUGUCAUUCCUGGCAGCAAACCAGUUGGGCUACCAUACCAGCGACAGCAAUCGCUGACUGCAGCGAUAUGGUCUAGCCCUGGCCAUCAUCCGAUAGGUUCCUUCUCCUCAUCCAGAAAGGAGAAAGAAAAUAUCAUGAAUACAUCCACCACCGACGCACAUGGAACUGGCUCCGGGCACCUAGUGCCCGUAGAGCACAUACCGGACAACCAUGCACAAGGAAGAAAUGGAAGUGAGGAAUUGCCACAUACAGGGCAUGACAUAGAAACCAAAAGGACCUCCCGAAAGAGAUCUCACGCAGAUUCAAUCGGGGAGGAUAACCAUGUAAAAGUCCUCCCCAGGGCAAAAAAGAGCAAGGCCACGGUGGUUGAGCCAAGCUCAAAAGUUACAGGGUCCAAAAGGAAUGUCAAGCGACCGAUUCAAGUACAAUCGGCGCUCCCCGAGAUGAUGGCAGAGGUUGCAGAUGGGGUGGAGAUAGUGGAGGCUAGUGAGAUUGAGAACGAUGGAAUUAUCAAUCGUUUCUUGAGUUUGACCGGCCGAGAGUGCGUAGAAGGGGCAACUGGAUUCAACCCAUUGCCUAUUCAAUUUGACACCAUGGAACUGUUAACCGGGCCUCCAGACACUUCCAAGAAGAAGAGAGGCCAUGGAAAGGGUCCCAAGACGUAG